UCAAAAGACUCAUUUGUUGUCCUCUUCAUGAUUCAGUCACUACAUCAAAUUUCGACCUGAUCAUUACGCACAUAGUCAAGCUCCAGAAGAGGACUUGAGCGUCAGUCGGCAAGUUUGCCUCAGUCAUGGCAUCGGGCGCGGGUGCAUCACAAGGCGCCGCCGUGCCCUCUCAGCCAACGACGACCAACGGGGCCUUUUCGCCGUGGAGUCCGGACUCAUGGAGAUCCAAGCCGAUUGUGCAAGCGGUAGAAUAUGAAGACCCACAGGCCGUCAAAGCUGCUCUCACAAAGCUCGAACAUCUUCCACCUCUGGUGACUCCACUCGAAAUUUGGAAGCUGAGAAAUGCUCUCCGCGACGUUGCCCUGGGCAAAGCCUUCCUGCUGCAAGGAGGGGACUGCGCGGAGCUCUUCGACUACUGCCACGAUGACUCCAUCGACUCCAAAAUCAAGUUGUUGCUACAGAUGUCGCUGGUCUUGAUUUGGGGCGGCAACAAGCCGGUGGUGAGAAUCGCCAGGAUGGCAGGACAAUACGCAAAGCCAAGAAGCAAGCCAACAGAGAUGCAUGAAGGCCAGGAGAUACCAAGCUAUCGAGGCGAUAUUUUGAACAGCUUCCAUCCCAAUGAUCGCAAGAUCGAUCCCGACAGACUGGUACAGGCCUACUUUCAUUCUGCCGCUACACUAAACUAUGUGCGCGCUCAACUCUCUUCUGGAAUUGCAGACUUGCAUCAUCCCAUGGAUUGGAGUUUAGGACAUGUCGGCGACCAGGAUCUACUCGAGAAGUACAGCAGGAUUGUGAACACAAUUCGGGAGAGCUUACGCUUCAUGAACACGAUCGGCGCAGAUGCCGCGAGCGGACUGAGUAGCGUCGACCUAUUCACCUCACACGAAGCACUACUGCUAGCGUAUGAGGAAGCUCUCACCAGGAAGCUCAAGCGACCGAGCAACGCAACUCGCUCCACAACGAGGAGGCCAUCCGCAGUCGAUACAAAAGCCUCUCAAGGCGAGCCCACAGGCUACUACAACACGAGUGCCCAUCUCAUCUGGAUCGGUGACCGAACCCGCCAACCCGAUCAUGCACAUGUGGAAUACGCACGCGGCGUGGAGAAUCCCAUUGGCAUCAAGGUCGGCCCGUCCACUAAACCUGAAGACCUUGCCCUCCUCCUGGACACUGUCAAUCCCGAUCGCGAGAUUGGAAAAGUGAUGCUCAUCACCAGGUACGGCAAGGACAAGAUUGCCGACAUGCUGCCAAAGCACAUCGAUGCGGUUCAGAAGACUGGCCACUUGGUGGUCUGGCAAUGCGAUCCCAUGCACGGCAACACGCGGUCAACGGCCGAUGGUACCAAGACGCGCUCGUUCCAACAUGUCUUCGAUGAGCUGGCAUCCGCCAUCCACAUUCAUCGUCAGCAGGGUACUUACCUAGGCGGAGUGCAUCUCGAGCUGACGGGUGAUGCCGUUACUGAGUGCACGGGAGGCAGUCAAGGCAUAGACGACGCUGACUUGAGCAAGGCUUACCGCACGUUCUGCGACCCAAGAUUGAAUGAGAAGCAAGCCCUCGAGCUGGCUUUUCUGGUGGCAGACAGUCUGAGGGACUCGGUCGCACCUGCUGCAGGAGCUUGAUGGAAACGCGUAUUAUGGAACGCUCGUCGUGAAUCAUUGUAUCAAUAAAAUGUACAACGUGAUCCUGGUCUGGUCCAGGCAAGAAGCAUCGCCUCUAUCCACGCCUCAAAGCUGCUUCGAGCCACUAACGCAAUC